AUGUCGUCUGAAAUAACGGAUGAGUAUGAGGAGCAGGCUCGGGGGCUGCUGUCUUUGACGGAAGAUCUGUUUGAGUUCUUGAUGGAGCACUCCGAGGCAGCAACCGACGAGUUCAAGGACGCCAGCACGGACAUGAAUCUCGAGGAGAAAUUCCAGAUACUUGCCAACCUUGAGACGGAGAAGAUCCAGCAGUCGAUCCAGGAUGCCAGACGCUCUGGUGAGGUCACCACGGACGAGUUGACUGCCGAUGAAGCCAAGGCCGUGUUGUACGCAGGCAAGCUGCAGGAGGUUGUGGCCAGGAUCGACUUCGGCAUGCUGGUGGGUAUCGAGGCUGCUACGACACGGGAAAGGAGGAAUGUCGGAGAGCCGGAACUCGAGGCGCUGGGAGAGCAGUUCAGAAACUUACGGGCGUUUCUUGUGGUACUGAGGGCUUUGGCCAUCUACGAUAUCUGCAUUAGUCUCGACUGGUGGUGAAGUCUCAAACUGCAAAGGUUUGACUUCACCUGCUCUCUGGUGCAACGCCUCGCAUACAUGGUGAUUUGUCAAACAGUCUGAUUCACUGACCAAAUUGACACAGCAUCCACCCUAACACCACCCCUGCUCCGUACCCCUAACUACCCCACCCCACCCCUGAUACACCCCUACACACCUGCACUGAUUUCUUUUGUUUUCCCUAUUCCUCUUUCCUUAGAAAAACAGGCGGAGAAAAACACAAAAACACUUAAAAAAUUAGAAAACCCCAAAAAAUGUAGAAAAAUGGAAAACCAUACUCCUAUCUUAGUAACUUUGAAUGUGACUGCUGCUAAAACUAUAGUGCAGAUGGCCUUGAUGCUAGUGUCUUCUUGACUGGAGAA